UACAUUAGUGUUUUGUUAUCAACCAAACAGAAACCGCGCACCCACUUGAGCACCGCUGCCAGAUGGAAUCGCUGAAGCACAAACUCCCCUCCGGCGUCGAAGAGGAGGACGCGUUCCCGGAGGUGAAGCGAGCGCGCCCAGCGGCAGAUCUUCCGCCGGAGAUGUGGGAGCUCAUCUUCCGCAAUCUGAACGCCUAUUGGCUCCGGUCGGCCCGGCUCACCUGCAGCAGCUGGGACCAGAUCAUCAGGGGCUCGUCCCGACUGAUGUCCAAAUUUAUCCUCACCCUCACAUCGGACAACUUCAUGGAUGAUCGCAAGAUGGUGCGGAACCUGCUGGCCACAGGAGGCGGUUACACGCGGGCCAAGAUGUACUUUGAGUUCAUCGGAAUUUACAAACCGAGGGAAAACUGGCUAAAGCCGUUGGGGACGACGUUGCGCAUGCUUACCUUGGAGUUCAGCGGUACGGAAGUGCUGCUAACCGGGCUGUUGAAGGAACUGCCCAACCUGAAGCAGCUUAAGCUCAUUGUGGAAUCACACAGGUUUCGCAGUGUUGUUCCCGACUUUCGUCUUGACAAACUGGAUGAGCUGAGCAUUACUGACCCUGUGCCAAAUAUUCUAAGCUUCUGCAGAAUGGUUUGCCCGCAACUUAAGGCUUUCAAGCUUCCUGACUACUGUGGUGCUAAAUCGAAAUUGAAGAAGGAAAUCGUCACCCUUAUAAGCAGCACAAGUAGAACGCUGAAAGAACUGACGAUCAGAGUGUCGAAGGAAAUCGUUGAUGAGCUGGUCGUAAUUGAGGACUUGCGAUUGGUUCGGCUUGCUGUUCAUGGAGACGCCGACGAUGUUCUUCGGUUUGUCAAGCAGCAGCCCAUUAUCGAAGAUCUGGAAAUUUCAAGAAAUAUUGGCUUUUCGACACUUGACGAAAUCAUCUCAGUUCUGCCGAAACUUAAGAAGCUCCAAGUCACAAUUGUAAACCGAGGAAUCCAGAAAACGUUUUCCUUUAUGAAGCUACUGACCAUCGAAAGUUUGACGAUUCGGAUUGACGGUUGGUUUAUGCCUAUCGGGGCGAAUCACCUGCUGAAGUUAACUGACUGCAACCUAACAAACUUGCGAAGCCUGAGUCUUUGUCGCUGCAAUCUUACAAGCCAGUUUUUGUCGGAUCUUCAGAGAACAAACGUGUCUGAACUUACUCUGGAAUCCUGCUCCCUGCCGCGACUGUCGGACUUGACGCCGAUAAAAUCGUUGAACCACGUUGAGCUCAUCAGCAACGCGUAUCUCAACGGGCCAGCCGAUGACGACAGCCGUUGCUCCUCUAGCGUUCGCUCGUUAAAGAUAUCCGAACACAACCGACCGAACCUGCUAGCCGUCGCCAAGAUCUUUCCGAACCUGGAAUGCUACGAAGCUGCCGGAAACUCGUUCAUUGAUGAGGGAAUUCUUGAGGGGAUUUUGCAACACUCGCCGCUGGUUAAGGAGCUGCGAAUGCAAUUCCAUAGUUUGUUCCAUUUUGACGACGUAAACUGUCUCCGAUAUUCAGUGCUUCGAUUUCCUGCCCUGGAGACGAUGGUCAUUCAUUGCAGUAAAGAGAAGAGAGCACGCUUCGUUGAGAGUUUGCGCGGCGAAAGCUGCAAUGUUGCCGUUGAGUUUAGGCCGUUGCAUAUAUUUUCUGAUGUUUAUGUCCCUUGACUCUAAUUAGUGCAUUUUACACUUGCCCAGUUGUUUUACAAUCAUUAGUUUUCAAA